AUGAAGGCAUCCGCGCGGUUGAGCAAGUUCAAGGGCGCCGCGAAGAAGGUCAUCGCCGUCAACAAGGUCCGCAAGGCGAGGCCCACGAUCGUCGAGCGCCACGGCGGCGUCUGGGGCUUCCUGUCCUUCGUCCUCUUCCUGCUGUGGUCGCUCCCGAGCGCGAUAUACCGGCACCGUCGAUGGCUGAGGCAGAACCCGGGGGCCGCGGCGGCGGCGACGCCGACGACGCCCGCGCCGAGGCGCGCGCUGCUCCAGGCGCCCGUGACCGUCGACGUGGCCACCGCGACGGAGCUUCGAGCCGCGAUGGCCGACGCGACGGUCGCCGCCGUGCGACUCGCGAACGACAUCGCUCUCGACGAUAACAACGGGGAGCUGCCCGCGGUGACGCGUCGCGUCACCGUGUCGGGCGAGGCGUGCGCCGCGACGUCGCCCCCGGGAUGCGCCAUCGACGCGCGAUCCACCUCCAGGCACGUCACCGUCGGCGCCACCGGCGCCCUCACCCUUUCUCGCGUCGCGCUCGUCAACGGAGCCCCGCCCCUCUCCGCGCAGCCAUUCGCAGACGGCGGCGCCGUUUUUACCUUCGGAGAGCUUCACGCCGUCGACGUCGCCUUUCGCUCCAACAAGGCCACCGCGGACGGCGACGCGUCCUCGGGCGGCGCCGUCAAGGUCCAGGGCGGCGCGUUCACGUGCGAGCGAUGCGACUUUAACGGCAACGCCGCGGCGAAAAACGGAGGCGCCGUCGCGAUCGAUCGAGUCUCGGCGAACAUUAAAGACUCGUCCUUCUCCGCGAACAAAGCGGGCGCGCUCGGCGCGGGCGUCGCGGGCGACCACGCGACGAUCAUCGUCCGCGACUGCGCGUUCACGACGGAUAACGUCGCGAGGGAGGACGACAGCAGAGACGUGUACGUGGGAGCCUUCGGGUCGGCGAGAAUUUGGCCGUACGCGAUUAGCGGGGGCGUGGACGGCGUCGCGGGAUACGCCGCCGCGGGGCUCGGCGUCGUGGAAUCCGCGCCCUUCGAGUCUCCCCCGCCCGGCUCGGUGUCCCCGCCGCCGCCGCCGUCACCGGUGAACGGGACGGUGGGGGCGGGAGGCGGGCAAAACGACGUCGCGGGUUCGAAACCGCCGUCGGGCGCGACGGACGUGGCGGGGGCGGUGAGCGGCGUCGGCGUCGAGGGCGUCCUCGGCGGCGUCUGCGCGUUCGCGGUGUUCGUGUGCAUCGGCGCGUGGGUGCACGGCCGCGAGCGGCGCAAAUACCGGGCCACCGAGCGCGACGUCGCGGCGCAGCACGCCAAGAUGGAGCGAGCCGUCGCUCGGCGGGAGGAGGAACUUGCGCGGGGCGAACGAAACGCGGUGGCGAACAGGGCCAAACAGGCGCGGGUUUUGCACGCCGGGGAUGAAAAGUCGGCACCCGGGGACGGGGGAGGAGGGAGGCGUGGAGGGGUUACGCGGGGCGCGUUCGAGCCCAGGCGGCCGGGGGGAGACGACGAGGAACCCGAACGGGACGGGAUGGAGGAUGACGAAGUUCCCGAAGGGGUGUACGAUGCGCCGGCGGCGCCGAGGGAUUCGGCGUGGUCCCUCGCGGCGGGCGUUACGGGCGUUACAUCCAGUCUUACCCGCAUCCCGCCGCCGCCGCCGCCGCUCGAGUUUGGCGCGCGGGGAUGGGACGCGGGCAAGACUGGCGGGUUCACGCGGCCGCAGUGGGCGGGAGCGGCGGCGGCGGCGAGGCGAGCCGCCGAGGGCGCGCGCGGCGGUUUGUACGCUGGCGGCGGCGGCGCGACGCGUGAGACGAUGAACGCACCGCCGCUCGGACCGUCCGGGGCGCUUCCCGUCGCGGUGACGCCUCGGGAUGGAUCGGACGAGCGUCCCGCCCCCGGUUCCCGUCAUCGUCACGCGGCGACGACGACGGCGCUGAGGGACCGGGUCGGCGGAGCGACGACGGCGGCUCCGAGGUUCGGGGCCCCCGCGGGACGGUCGAGCGACGGGGUGUCGGGCGGUGAAGCGGUGGGGUCGACGUCGCGGUUCGUUGGGUAG